UCCGUGUCUCCGUUUCAUCCCCAUAACGAGGGUUUUAGCUUUUAGGAGCAUCAGAGCACACUAAGAGAGACAGGUCUGGAAUUUUGGAUUCCAGUCUCCUCUACUCUUCGAAAUCUCCUCUUCGCUGCUCUUGAAAACUCCUUCUACGCUGAUUAGGGAAGUUGAAAUCUGCAAUGCUUUCAAGAUGGAACAGAGCCAUUUCUCAUCUCUCGAAGCUGGGUUCAAUGAACGCCGCAGAAUAUGGUAAAGAUGUUUAUUCUAUCUCUCGUCGAAGCUAUGCUAAGGUUGCUGCAGUUGCGUCACCAACUACGGCUGAGUCUGCAAACAAGACUUCCCCUACGAAAUCAUUGGUAAAUUUGGAUAAAAUGUUCAGGUCUAAGCCCUGUUCUCUGGCUUUGGCUCCAGACUCUCUUCUUAGAGUUGAAGAGCCAAAAUAUGAGGGAAUCCGGUAUUUAAUGCUCAAGAUGAUGUUAUUUUAUAGUAAGCAAAGCAAGGCUCUUAGAGGAGCAAAUGUUGUGUACCGCCGAAUCAUUUCACAGGUUGAUAAACCUGCCAUCUAUGAAGUAUUUAACUUGGAAAAAACUUUUAAAAUGACGUUCUCACUGCUUGUACUCCAUAUGUGGCUUUGCCUACGCCGUUUGAAAGAAGAGGGCAAGGAGGGUAGCGAAUUUGGGCAAUAUGUGUAUGAGAUCUACAAUCAUGAUGUGGAGCUAAGAGUUUCUAAAGCCGGGGUCAACUUGCUAUUGAUUAAAUGGAUGAAAGAAUUGGAGAAGAUAUUCUAUGGUAAUAUUGUUGCUUAUGAUGCUGCAAUGCUUCCUGAGGCUAAACCGGAUGAACUACCAAAUGUGAUAUGGAGGAACGUUUUCUCUGAUGAUGGUGCAUCAGAGCAAGAUGAGGCUGCUUCACGGGCUGUCCAGGCAAUGGCAAGGUAUGUUCGACGGGAAGUUAGUUGCCUGUCCUUAACAGGCAAAGAAGCCAUGUUUUCUGGGAAUUUUACGUUUACGUCAUUGGAGAAUACAUCUGUGCCAGUGAGACGAUGAGAGGAAAAACCGGAUCUUGAGUUGUUCAUCAAGUUUCAUUGGAGAUUUUUGGGGCUGGAGUGGCUUUAAUCAAAAAGUUUCCUGAUCUCUUUUAUUAAACAAGAAUUGUAAAUCUGAUAAAUCAUCGAUAGAAACCAUUGUCUUGUUAUUAUUUAUUUAUUUAUUGCGCCAGUAAUUGGUGACAGUUUUGUGUUUUGUUAUGAUCUUUGGAAGUGGAGCUAAAAGUGCAGUAAGGUUAUACGUA